AUGGGAUCGGCGGGUGAAGAUGGGAUUCGGAAUUUGAUGUCGGCGAGGAAUUCAUUGAAGGUUAAUUUAGAGAAAUCGAAAGCCCUAGGGUUAUCGCUACGGAAAUCCGGGCCUAGAUUAGAAGAGAUUAAUCAAAGGCUACCAUGUCUAGAAGCUGCUGUUCGUCCUAUUCGUGCUCAAAGAGACGCUCUUGAUGCUGUCGGUGGUCAUAUAAACAGAGCCGUUGUCCCAGCCGCUGCUGUCCUAAAGGUGUUUGAUGCAAUUCACGGUUUAGAAAAAUCGUUAUCUGAUCCUCAAUCUGAUCUUCAAGGAUACCUUUCAGUAUUGAAGAACUUACAGGAAGCAUUGAAGUUUCUUUCUGAAAACUGUGGAAUGGCAAUUCAAUGGUUAGAUGACAUCGUUGAGUAUCUAGAAGAUCACAAUGUCGCUGAUGAAAGGUACACUUCUAGUCUAAAAAAAGCUCUAAAGUAUCUCAGAGAGCUACAAACCAAAGAAGAAAAGAACCGCCUAGAUGGUGGCCUUUUAGAGGUGGCAUUAGACAGAUUAGAAACCGAAUUCCGGCGACUCUUGACUGAAAACAGCGUCCCUUUACCCAUGUCUUCUUCUCCAUUAAAAGAUGAACAACCCUGCAUUGCUCCAUCUCCUUUACCAGUCCCCAUCAUUCAAAAACUUCAAGCAAUCCUCGGAACCCUAAUAGCAAACAACAGACUCGAAAAAUGCAAAUCUAUUUAUGUAGAUGUUCGCAGCUCAAAUGUCAGAGCAAGUUUACAAGCUCUAAACUUGGAUUACUUGGAGAUUUCAGUUUCUGAAUUCAACGAUGUACAGAGCAUUGAAGGCUACAUAGCAAAAUGGAGUAAACACUUGGAGUUUGCAGUGAAGCAUUUAUUCGAAGCUGAAUAUAAACUCUGCAAUGAUGUAUUUGAAAGAUUAGGGUUAGAUGUUUGGAGGGGUUGUUUUGCAAAUAUAGCAGCUCAAGCAGGUAUGCUUGCUUUUCUUCAAUUUGGAAAAACAGUAACCGAAAGCAAGAAAGAUCCCAUUAAGCUCUUAAAGCUAUUAGACAUUUUUGCAUCAUUAAAUAAGUUAAGAUUGGAUUUCAAUCGUCUUUUUGGUGGGGCUGCAUGUGCUGAAAUCCAAAAUUUGACAAGGGAUUUAAUCAAAAGGGUAAUCGAAGGGGCUUCUGAGAUUUUCUGGGAGCUUUUACUUCAAGUGGAGCUACAACGCCAGGCCCCACCACCCCCAGAUGGCAGUGUUCCAAGAUUAGUAAGUUUUAUAACCGAUUAUUGCAACCGAUUAAUCGGGAAUGAUUACAAACCAAUCUUGAAUCAAGUUCUAGCAAUUGAAAGAAGUUGGAAACGUGAAAAGUUUCAAGAAAGUCUUCUUCAUGAUUAUCUUCUUAAUCUGAUACGUGCGAUUGAAGUAAACCUAGAAUCAUGGUCAAAAGCGUAUAAAGACACGGAUCUUUCAUACGUUUUCUUGAUGAACAAUCAUUAUCAUCUUUACAAGCAUCUAAAAGGCACAAAGAUUGGAGCUUUAUUAGGUGAUCAAUGGCUAAGAGAACACCAAGAUUACACAGAAUACUAUUCAACAAUCUUUUUAAGAGAAAGUUGGGGAAAGCUUCCUUCACAUUUAAGCAGAGAGGGGUUGAUUUUAUUUUCGGGUGGGAGGGCUACUGCUAGAGAUCUUGUGAAAAAACGGUUGAAGGCCUUCAAUGAAGCUUUUGAUAACAUUUACAAAAAGCAUUCGAGUUGGGUGAUUUUGGAAAAAGAUUUGAGAGAAAAGACAUGUCAUUUAAUCAUUCAAGCAAUUGUUCCUGUUUACAGAAGCUAUAUGCAGAACUAUGGGCCUUUAGUUGAGCAAGAUUCGAGUGGUGGAAAGUAUGCAAAGUUUACUGCUCAAUCUUUGGAGAAAAUGGUUUCUUCUCUUUUUGUGGUGAAACCUAUGAGACAUGGGAGUUUUAAGGUUAGACAAAAUAGUAAUAAGUUUAACAAUGGUGUGGAAGAUCAUCCGUAUUCUGGUUCACCUACUCCUACUGUUGCUUCUGCUUGA